CUUAAUCGUGUAAAUGAUAUAAUUGAAUGACGGUAUUUUCCUAACGUUACUUUUCUGAUAGAUAACUUUUGUAACAACUUCAAUAUUGCACUGGCAAAACUAAUCGUUUUGCCUUAGAAAAUGCUGAUAAUUAUCUAUUUCAUAAUAUGUGUUCCUUUAGUCACUGUUUACUUCAGACCGAUCCGUAAAGGGUGAAUUUCGUUUAUAUAGUAAUUUAUUCUUUAUAUAUACAAGUUAAAUACUUCGAGAAACAUAAACUAAGAUAGGAAGAUGUCACAUGCAGGAAACAUAUGAAGCAUAGUUGAAACUAAACGUGAUUAAUAUCAGGACAUAGAGCAUGAAAGUUGAAAAUGCGAAGGAAAAAAAUAUUUUUGCUUUUCAUGAUUAUCUUUGGUUUACAGCUUCUUUCUGGAAUAUGUUACGUGACGGAAGUUCAUGACUCAAAUCAAACGAACGAAAGUUCUAGGAAACUUCAAGAGGAAAAAUGUGUCCUUUCGAAUGGCAUAUUGAUGAAUGAUACGAACAGGUUAGAUACACUUAAUAAAGCAUGUAGAACAUUGGGCUUUUCGGAGGAUGUUAAUUCAACGGAUAUAAGGGCACAUAUGUCACCAAACCUAAAACUUUUGUACUGUAGAGUAAAUAAAUGUGCAUCCACAAUGACACUAGAAUUACUUAAGCAGUUGUAUAGCUGUGAUACAGAAUGCUUAAUUAAACAUGCUGAACGUGUUCGUCUAAAAGCAAACGCACGACAGGUGAUGGAUGAUGCAUUUUCGUUUAUGGUUGUUCGUGAACCUUACGGACGUUUGUUUUCCACUUACUGCAACAUUUUCUAUUUCCCAAAAGAAGAUUGGCUUUACAGAGGAACCAAACUCAUUAAACUUACACGGUUAAAUAUUUCAAAUGACAGCCUCGUUUAUGGGCAUGAUUUAACUUUUUCUGAAUUAGUAAAAUAUACAGUAGACACAUUUGAAAUUGGUAAUCGUAUGGAUGAACAUGUCCGACCAAUGCACCAUAAAUCAUGUAAUCCUUGUGUUUUUAAGUUUGAUUUUAUUGCACAUCUUGAGACCUUACAAAACGACUUUGACUUUAUUUUUAGUAAGCAACACGAGGAACAAUACGUAGGAAUGUAUCAAAAGAAUACUGUGAUAUCCUUAAAAGAUUGGACAACUUUAGGGCCUAUUAAGCAUUUAUUCAGAACGAUUCCUUUGUUGAAAGGUUCAACUAUAUCUCUUUAUAAUGUGUACCUUCGUGCUUGGUGCUAUUACCAAAUAACAGGACAUGUAUUAAAUGCAAUCAACUUUCCAUAUUAUGAAAGCGAUCUGAUUGAAAUUCGAAAAGAAGACUUUAUAAGAGAGUUGACUAAAGCAAUGAAGAUAUCAUUGAUUCAUAAAGACAGAUUAAAAUUACAGAGAGCAGAAGCGAUGAUUCAGGCUUAUUCAACUAUAUCUGAUGAAUAUAUGGAGCGAUUAAGCAAUGUCGUAUUAGGCGAUUGUCUUUUAUUUGGAUAUGAAAACAAACCGGCACAUCUAUUUGAUACAACUAACUGUUUGCAGAAAAAAUCGGACUUUAAUUAUUUUAAGGGUUUGUGAAUCCUUUUGAUCAACGCAGUUUAAAAAUCAAACACUUUUAAAAGACAUUUAAGGUGACAACAGACACUUUCCUUGGUACUCACAUAAAUGUCAUUUAAACCAACUUAUUUUAGUAAUAAUUGUUUUUUAUUUAAUCUUUGUGCAUUAAAUGUCGCUGAUCAUCAUAUAAAAUAACAUAUUUGAAAAAAUG